UCUAAGGUGGGUAAAUUACUAAAAUUCUUUAAAAUAAUUGAGUCAGUUUAUAUAAAUGGAGUCAGCUAGAGACAUGGUCAGAGGUUCAAUGGAGAAACAGGCCAUGAGAAGGACAGGCAUCCACCGACUCGAAGCAUCUGAAAGCGAUAUAUAUCCAGACGUGCUCUUCAUUUUCUUCCUCUUUCUAGCUACAAUUCUUUCAUUUUCCUUUUGAGAGUUUUCACUUGUAGGUUUUUGCAGUCGAUGAAUUAUGCAGGAGUUCCGAAAUGGGUAACAGCAAUUUUCAACACCAUUUUUUUUUUGGCACUUGCAUGUUUCAUCCAAGCGUAAAGAAGAAUGGACUGGAUCGUUUUUGCAUUGAUUGCCUUUCUUCUUUAUGUUCAAAUCGUGUUCCUGCUCAUGCUCACCACCAGCUGAUCAAGAUUCGAAGAUAUAUCUACAACGAUGUAGUGAAUCUUCAAGACUUGUUGGAAAAGAAUAUCGAAACAGAACCCGAGGAGUCGAGUCAAGGCCAACAGGCAACUCGUUUGAGAUACAGAGACUAGAGGAGCAGCUGACUGAGCUGCUGAGGUGUGAGGAGCUAUCAGCUUGAAGUCAUCGGGUAUAAUUUAUACCCUAAUUGUAAAUAUUUCCUUUGAUGUAUGUAUUGCAUAUAAAUGUAAGGACAUGUAAAUGGGUCUUGAGCAGCUUGUACAAAAUUUGUAUGAAGUUUGUAAUAAAGUUUAGUUUGUAUUUCUUUUGAUAUAAAUUUUAUAAUGAUGUAUAUAUAAAAUUUGUUUUGUCUCUAAUGAAA